GUCCAAGGCAUGUACAUCGCUCAACCAGGACCAAGGAAACUUAUCACGUUUUGCUGCUCCGAAGGUCUACGGAGUAAAGCAAGAGCCAGAGGGUGUCCGCUAUAUUUAAAUCCGCCAUAUUUCCCGAGGAUCAAAAUGGAUGAAGAAAAACCAAACCCCUUGCUUGUUCUCUUAUUUCUUCAGGAUGAAGUCGACUGCUUCGAUUGCGUUCUUAUUGACAUUGCUACCGGGUCUACCGGUGGCCUUUCGACUGGAGGAUCUGAAGGUGCAGGCUGCCUACCAUGUCAUCUACUCGUAUACGGGAGCAACGCCGCCGACAGAGCUAUCGACUUACAUCGAGCAAGGAUUAGUGGGAGGUGUGAUCCUAUUCGGUGACAAUGUCAAUGACGACCUCCCCGCGGCAGUCGAGGGCUGGCAAUCUGCCUAUGCGAAGAGUCCAGCCUACAACGGGACGCCCCUUCUGAUCAUGACGGACCAAGAGGGUGGCGAGGUACGUCGACUACCAGGAGGCCCAGUUUCGUCAGAGAAGGAGAUUGGACAAGCAUCAGACCCCCAGCAAGCAGCAACACAGGCAGGUUCGGACGCUGCCUCCGCCCUCGCGGCAUACAACAUGAAUGCCAACCUCGCGCCUGUCCUGGACAUCUUUCGGACACCCGGCGACUUUGAUGACCAGUACGGCCGGUCGUACAGCCAGAACGCCACGCUGGCUGGCAUCUGCGGUGCGGCAUUCACCACCGCGCAGCAAGGGAAGGGAGUACUUGCCACGGCAAAGCAUUUCCCGGGCUUGGGCUCUGCUUCGUCAGACGAGAACACGGACGAAGUGCCCGUCCAGCUGAACGUCUCCCUUCAUGAUAUCCGCUUCAUCGACGAAGUGCCAUACAAAGCAGCCAUCGCUGCUGGUCUGGACAUGGUCAUGCCGUCGUGGGCGCUCUACCCGGCCUUUGACACAGAGUAUCCGGCCGGUCUGAGCGAGAAAUGGAUUCAGCAUGAACUGAGGGGUAGGUUGGGUUUCAAGGGUGUCACGAUCAGCGAUGCGAUUGAGGCCGGUGCCCUUGAGGCGUUUGGGAAUGAUACAAAUAGAGCUAUCCUCGCCAGUCGCGCGGGCAUGGAUAUCAUUCUGGCUGCUGCAAAAAACGUCACGCAGGGCCAGGAGAUUGUCACGGCGCUAGCUAAGGCAUUGAGUGUAGGGACGCUGGAUAGGAAGGCGUUUGAUGAGGCCACGAGCAGAAUUUUGAAUAUGCGGAAGAAGUUGGCAAAGUCAGCCUGAACAUUAUUUGCAGCGGUGGUUUGUUAGAGGGGUCUAUGAAAAGGUAGGGAUGUGGAUAUAGCAGAAUGAACUCAUGUACGUAGCUUUUGUUUAACCUCCAUCAUUGUUACUUGAAUUAUGUUGAUGUAUACUCAUUUGUGCCGUAUGCUAAACUUGACAUGAAGAAAGUACAAAAGAAGUGCAUUUGUACAGAUACAUACAAAGAUACAGACAUCUCAAAAGAAAAUAAUCACAUACAGCCCAUUUCCGCUUGCUGACUGAAUUCCAAAUGAACUCCAAAAGAGGGUAUCAAGGCCCGUCAAGCUCGAAUCCAUCCGUUUCUCUCUUCGUUAUUUCCUCCAUAAAUCUCUGGUAUGAAGCAUCAAGGGACCAACAAGGCAGCGCUUGUCAUAAUACAGAAAUAUCUGGAGAAAAAAGAGGGAAAAUGAGUAUAGAUCAGACAAUAAUGAGGGUUGCAUCAACUGUGAGAGGAAGGGGAAGCCCUACAUAGCAACAUACUUCCACCCAUCUCGCGAAUUAGUAAAACGCUCCAGAUCUGUUAGGCAAUUCGCAGCGACGGCGCCGCCGACAACGACCACCACAGCCAGACGUCCGGUGAACUCUGACACCAUUCCGAAUAAUAUCAAAGGCAAUAGGAUCGCCACGGCUGCGAUGACACCGGGCGGAUAGGUGGUGGUCCGAUUAGGAGUGCGAGGAGUCUCCAACUCCGGUGCUGGCGCUGGCGGUGCAGCAAGAGAUACGAGGUCUUUGUUGUAUUCCAGGAAGUGAGCUUCCACGCUUGCAAUCGGACGUCUCGCCUUCAUCCAGGCACGGUAGGCGUUGAUGUCCUUCUCCGAAGCAGGGUGGAGGGUCUGAAGGACUUUGCUGUAAGCACUGAGAGCAUUGUCUAUGUGAGAAGAAGAGAAGUUCUAAUCAGUCUCCUCUUCCUCAUCACUAAGUUCCCGAAGUAGAAAAUACUCACUGUACUGCUCCGUCUUAUGGAUCAAUGUGUCCAUGAGUUCCAGGCGCCUGUAAUGCAGCGAUGAAUGGAAUUGGGAUUGAACAUCCAUACGCCGCGAAGCUGGCAUGACUCUUGUGCCUUCCUUCUCUGCUAUAGCAAUACGCUGCAUCUCUUCGUACUCAUCGAGUGCCCGAAGAUCUUCUUCCAUCUGCGCAAUUUCAUCUUGGAGGUGAAGAAGCACACGGUGGUUGACAUUCUCAAACCUUCGGUAGAGCGGGGGUAAUCGGGGGCCACUGUUGUCUGGAGACAGAGCCAGAUGAGAGGCGAGAAACCCAUACCCAGAUUUCACGGGCUGUCGUUUGGGCCUCUUUGCCAGCUUUCGGCUACUCCGGUGGAGAGGAUAUUCACCCGGGCUUCUUGAACGGGACGGAGGAGUAU